AUGGCUUCAGAAUCCGCUGCAUGGCCCCAGGCCGACCAGGCUCUCAGCCAGGAGCUGCUCGAUCUCGUGAGUAGAGCGCGCAAAAUUAUCUUGCAUCUGGAAAUGCUAACCAGUUCCAGGUCCAGCAAGCAACUCACUACCGCCAGGCCAAGAAGGGCGCCAACGAAGGUACAGCGCAGUCUCAUGACACCGCUCUUGGGACUCCGCUAAUAUGUUUGCAGCCACCAAGACGCUCAACCGAGGAAUCGCAGAGCUCAUCGUUCUCGCCGCCGACACCACCCCACUGGCUAUCCUCCUCCACCUUCCACUCCUCUGCGAGGACAAGAACGUCCCAUAUGUCUACGUCCCGAGUAAAAUGGCGCUUGGAAGAGCUUGCGGUGUGAGUCGUCCGGUCAUUGCUGCUAGCAUCACCACCAACGAGGCCAGCGAUCUCAUGGGCCAAAUUCGCGCCAUCAAGGACAAGGUUGAGAGACUUGCGAUCUAA